CUUUGCAGAGCCACGGUCACAGCCUCUCCGGGGCCCAAUCGGCGUGGCCCUGGCAUCGGCCGACCCACUGGAGCAGUGCGGGCACUGCGCCGCCGCCGUCUACCACCGCCGGAGGUCGCACCAUGUACGGCUCGCGGCAGGAACCGCUGCACCGGGACGCCAUGUUGGCGCUGGCACCGAACGGAGCAGAGUGGCGGCCACAGGAAGAGGACGAGGCGCACAGCCAGGCAGCCUGGGCGCCCUGCGACGCCUCCUGGGCGACGCCUCGGUACUUGGAGGACGAGACCUUGCAGUGCAUCCCGCGGGAGAGGUCGGUACUCAUCAAGAACUGCCUCAAGCUCACCAUCAAGCAGAGGAGGGAGGCUCUGGGACUUGGAGACAUAGAACCGGAGUACAAGGCACCCGGACCCGAUCAUGAAGGCACAGUGAGCUCAGUGCUGAAGAGCAGGGAGCUGUGUAUCGCCGCUGUGGACUGA